GAUGAUGUAUCUCAGUGGGAGAGACACUGUCUCACGUCAUUUUAUGAUGCAUUUUAUUUCGUUUGCCGUUCAACAUCUGCAUGACAAUUCAAUUCAAUUUCUCAUUUGCAAAAUCGCAAACUCUCAUUUAAAUUUUAAUGAAGUUCUACAUUUUGUGUUGUGACUGGGGCGUGGUAGCGCAAAACGUGAUUCCUUGAUAUUUUCUCCGUUUGACCUAAUCCAGUUUGUCCAUCACAGUGAAACCAAAACAUCCUGACAAGAUCUAUUAAAAUGACGAAUGACACAUUAUGCGUCAGAGGUUAAAUUAAUUUGAGUUCAGUGCGAAAAUAACAAUAACUGGCCGGAAUGACAAUAACAAGGUAGAAAAAUCAUUUUGCAUACACACACACACAGCGUGUCUUGAGACAACAAUAAACGAGCAGUAUAUUUUGAUUUUUCCUUCCUCUUCAACCGUUUAAUUUAGUGGCAAAUAUUUACGAUUUUUUAUUUUUCAACCGCAAAAGUAUAAUACACGUUUAUUGUCCUCCUAAUUAGCAUUCAAAAUAAAAGCACAUGGACAUUUGCGAAAUUGCGAUGAAUAUCCCCAUUAUAUUCGCGUCGAAAGAAGUGUAAAUUGAAAUGAUUGAAACCGGAAUGGAUGGUGCGUCAGAAGGAAAUCGAGAAAAUUAAGAAAUGAGUGAGAACGGAAAAAAAAUGCCCGGAUCCAUAGUAAAAACGGCAAUCAAAAUCAAUUGAAUUCGUUGGUUUAUAUAUUGAAUAGGCUUAGUGUACAUGCCGUAUCUAUUCUUCGAAGUACUUCGAGCAUAAAAGUGUCGAAGACUGAGCGAAGGAAAAAAGACGUGGCUUUGUUAACCCAUGCCAAUUUAUGUGCAAAUAAUACUCGACAAGAUCAAUACAAAGUACGCAUUAUCGUAGCCAACGAAUUGGUCACAUCGGAGCCGACAAAUAAUAAAUGCGAUUGUUUCGUCGUAUUGACAACAUAACUAAUCCCCGCAGAAUACACACAUCAAUUCUAUUCGGCUUUACAAAAUUGACAACGUUCAGUUUAAAUGUUUUUUUUUGCUCGUCAUUCUUAUUGCAAACAGUGUGUGUAUGUAGUGUGUGUUGGGAUUGUGAGCAAGAAUCAACGAACAAAUCCUGUAGCAUUAAAAGAGAGGUGUAAAUAAAAUUAAUAGCCGCUGUAAAAAUGACGCGGUUGCGCUGUGGUGGGCACAAACAAAUUAAACAAGUAAAACAACAGCGAAACAAAAUCAAAUCAGUCAUUUUGCAUUCUCGAUCCAAUGUUGAAGCAUCUAUUCGAACAACCUAACGAAGACAAUCAGACCCAUUACACAAUAAACAAAAUGGGAAUGGGUGGUGAUGUCAACGGUUGUGGCCUUUGCGCGAAAUAUUGCCUGUUUGCAGCCAAUUUUGUGAUUUUCAUUGGCGCAUCUGUGCUGUUGGGACUGGGCAUAUGGACAUUGGCCGAUCGCAGUUUUAUGAAUGAUUUGCUCGGAACAAAUCUGUUCUCCGGAACCGUUUAUGUUUUGAUUGGCACUGCAGCAAUUGUUUGCAUCAUCUCAUUCUUUGGCUGCUAUGGAGCUGCUCGUGAAGUCAAAAGCUUGUUGCUCUUCUACUUUGUGUUUGUGUUUUUGAUCUUUGUGGUGAUGCUAGUCGGUGCAAUUUUGGGCUAUGUAUUCCGAGAGAAGGUGGUGCAAACGAUGCGUCAAGAGAUGUAUUCAUCGCUUCCUUUGUACGGAAAUCGUCGUGGAAUUACAUUGGCCUGGGAUGAAACACAAACCCGUUUGAAAUGCUGUGGCAUUGAAUCGUAUCGUGAUUGGUAUGGAAGCAUCCCAGAAUCAUGCUGUCAAGAGACCUAUGGAGGACAACGUAAACCAUGCAUCGAUGCACCAUCACCAUUGACACUGCACGUGAAUGGAUGUCGAAACGUUACCACUGAAUUCAUUCGUCAACACGCUUCAAUAAUUGCUGGUGCAGGCAUCACCGUUGCUAUUUUGCUCAUCUUUGCCCAAGUGUUUUCGCUGAUUUUAUUCAAAAUGAUUGAGUAAGCUCAUCGAAUGCUCAUCCACGAAUUUUACCAUAGAAAACCUAAUGCAAAAACAUCGGAAGCAUCACAAAGAAAAUCAUGUGGAAAAACCAAUCGAAAAAGAAAACGCAUCGAAUCUCAGACCUUAGCAAUUCAGCCAUAAAAUAAUUUCACACUAUUUUAUGAUUUUCUUUUUUAUUUUAAAUAUCUAUGUUCUAGUUUAUUGUUGUGUUGGGCAGAUCCAUCUACUUGAUGUUGGUUCGUUUUAACUCGUCAAAUCGAAGAUAAAAACAAAUGUUUAUUUUAAUAGUCAAGUGAUCGAUAAGUAAUACGUUCGAAACCAUCCAAAAAAUUUGGGACAUUCUAUGAAACCCGAAUUAAAUC